GUGAGAUCUGAUGCCUCUGUUCCAUCAGCUUCGCAUUGUUUCAGUGUCCUGGAUGUUCUGGAUCUUCCAAACCGUGGGAUGACUGCAGCUGAAGCCUAGCACAGGUUUUCCAAGACUGUGGAUCCUCUGUCUCCCUCUCAUCAUGAAUGUGACUCCUGUCAGCUGUACGGCAGAGAUGCCAUACGGCUACCAACCUCGUCUGAAAGGGUUCUACAUCGCCACCGAGCUCAUCAUUGCAGUGCUGGCCAUCACAGGCAACUUUUUGGUUUGUCUGGCUGUCACCCGCAACAAGAAACUUCGCACCGUCACCAACUACUUCCUGAUAUCAUUGGCUGUGUCAGACAUCCUGGUGGGCUUGGUGGCCAUUCCCUGUGCGGUGCUGACAGACCUGGGUCGACCUCGCCAUAACCUGCCCCUCUGCCUGGUGCUGCUCAGCAUCCUCAUGGUGCUCACACAGAGCUCCAUCCUGAGCCUGUUAGCAGUAGCAGUGGAGCGUUACACGGCCAUCCUUCUGCCCUUCCAGUACCAGCGCAUCAUGAGCCCCAGGAACGCCCACCUGGCCCUGCUGGUCACCUGGGGCCUGGGAGCCAUCACCGGCUCAGUGCCGCUAAUGGAUUGGAAACGACAACCGCCAGACUCUGACUACUGUAUCCUCACUUGUGUGGUGGACAUGAACUACAUGGUCUACUUCAACUUCUUCUGCUGCCUCCUGGUGCCGCUGGUGGCCAUGUUCAUCAUCUACAGCCACAUCUUCCUCACCGUCCGUCGCCAGCUGAGAUGCAUCGCUGUGGCUAGGGGAACUGCAGAGGACAUAACAUCUGCUAGUAGUGGGUGCACUGGGACAGACAAUGGGAGUUCUGCUGCUGGGGGAACUGCAGCAGGUGGAGCAGACAUGGGGGCAGAAAAAGAAUCCAGCAGACAAGCCGAGGAAGGCUUGUCUGCUGGGCAGAGGGAAGUAGAGUCUGGCAUUGGGUCUCUUAUUGAAACUGAGACUACUGCUGUCUUUACAAAGCCAGGGCUCAGGACUGCUUCUGCUGGACCUCCCACCUGCAGCUCUGCUCGUGCCAACACCCGUCCAGAAGAGUCCAAUGAGGCCAAAUCCAACAUUCGCAGCCGUCAGGAUAUGCGUAAGGCCACCUCCCUCUUCCUGGUCCUCUUUCUCUUCAUGGUGUGCUGGAUGCCAAUCCACCUCAUCAACUGCAUCCUGCUGCUCUGCCCACAAUGCAAGGUCCCCAUGUCGGUCACACUAGGAGCCAUUUUGCUUUCUCACGCUAAUUCGGCCCUCAACCCAAUCUUGUACGCAUACAGGAUGAGGUCUUUCAGAUACACUCUGAUAGGAAUGUGGAGAGGAUUGAGGAGUGUUAGGCCAGAUUCCAUGUAGAGCAGCACUGUGGGUCAUAAACAAACACUCAGUGCUGAGGGUCAGGGUUGGUUUGUGGAAAACUUCAACCAAGGGGAUACAACUUUCACUGUAAAAAGUAGGGCUUUUUGUUAAAUGCGAAAUUCAGAGGGUAUAAGUUGUCUGGAUACAAUUCUCAAUAUGGAGGUGGCUGAGCUGGUGGCUAGCAGCUAACGGUGCUAACUGAAUAAACAGCAUUUAACAACAGCAACAGUGCUGACAGAACUGACGGUGUUAACCAGGGGGGAUCCUGAGGGUGGCUGCAACUCCUCCGUCGCACAGUUGCUGGUAACCACCAUAGGGGCAUAGUGCAAGGCAGGGAUGAUAAGCAAGCCAGUAGGAUAUGCACAUAAACUACCAUGCAGCCCGACCGACUUACCACAACAAAGAACAGAGAAGCUCGGAUUGCAACACACACAGAGGUUAUGUGACUUAAUUCUCUGCUUAGGACACCAUUACUCUACAAUAUCUUUACAUAACAAAAGUGGUUUGCUUUAUUAAUGCUCUAAACGUCACAUACAGAACCUUUAAAGCUCUUGAGUAAGAUUUAGUGGCAUUUGGCGAUUGUAGAAGCAACAUGGCAGCCUUUGUGGAACAGGACCUGGGGGAGUGACAUGCAGCUAGAGUCACAUAUGUUUCUUAGAAUUUAUUGGAGACCAAAAUAGAGUGAAAGGGAAAGUGAAUAAUGAACUUACAUUCAUUAGGUGGACACAAACAUGACUCCAAAUGAAUUCUUGCGUUGAACUGUGUCUUCUAGAUGUGGAAAUAAGGAGCUGCUUGCCACCAUGUUCGCCAUAUCAUUUUUUAAGGCUGCACUGCCCCCAGGUGGUGUGGGAAAAAAAAUCAAUUUAUGCGUCUUUGAAAGAUGCAGAUAUACAGUAAUGGGUCACAUUUUAUAACAAACUUGAGUCUUUUAAUAGAUGUCAGUGUGUGAAAUUUAAUAGAAUCAGAAAAUUUUAAUCUUAAUGAUAUUUUCUGAUAUUUUUUAUUAGACUUUAAAAACUAAUAAGGACAGUUAUGGUCAAUUGGCUUACUGUUUGGAAUCAGAGGACUUUAUAGAACUCUAGUUUCUGUGCAAAUAUGUUCAUCUAUUUAAAAAAAAAAAAAUCACAAUUUUUUCUUAUUGUAGCGGUGAAUUUUACAUGGUUGUUUGAUUGUUUACAUUGUACAUCCGGAACAUGUGUGUGUGUGCUUGCUUUAUGACUGUAAAAGUUGAAUAAAUGAGUUGUCCUGUAUGGACUUCAUAUGCGCAAAAGUAUUUAGGUUGCAGCUGAUUGCACUUUGUCCCUUAUUUGAGUUCAUGUGUGCAGGCAUGUACUACUAAACUGGGACCUUUUUUUUGUGGACCAGCUUUUCAAAAUAAAUAUUUUUGUGCAUUUAUCGUUCCUUGCAUUUAUUCUAAUCCUGUUGAAAGCAAACAACAAAGAGCAAAUCAAAGAGGUGAGUCAA